CCAAAUUUGCUACCCUCAGUUUUCCAAUUUCCAUCUAUUCGUCUCCGAAGCUAGUCGCCCUAACCGCCUCCCCUCCCGAUGAUACCCUCGAAAAAACGCUUGAUGCUAGAAGUCCACGCAGAGGUAGCUUAAAGUGAUAAUUUUCCCGAAACCCUAGUUAUGAUACCAGUACUCCUUAGAGACACUCGCUGCUGAAAUCAUCUCAAAAUACUAGUUCAGAAAUAUCUACCAGAGCUCGAGGUAGGGUUUCGUGAGGAUGCCGUCCCUAAUUUCUCCGGGGAAAAUAGUCCGUCUGGAGCUCGAGAACUUCAAGUCUUACAAAGGCCACCAAGUCAUCGGUCCAUUCUAUGAUUUCACUGCAAUUAUUGGCCCCAAUGGCGCUGGAAAAUCGAAUCUCAUGGACGCCAUAAGCUUCGUACUUGGUGUGAGGUCGGUGCAGUUGCGAGGUGCGCAGCUGAAGGAUCUUAUAUACGCAUUUGAUGACAAGGAGAAAGAGCAGAAAGGAAGAAAGGCGUUUGUCCGGCUUGUUUAUCAACUCGGAAAUGGUUCAGAUCUUCAGUUCACGCGGACGAUCACGACUGCUGGGACCAGUGAGUAUAGGCUCGACGGGAAGGUUGUGACCUGGGAUGAAUAUAACAGUAAACUGAAGUCGCUAGGCAUUCUUGUCAAGGCCCGAAACUUCCUCGUCUUUCAGGGUGAUGUGGAGUCAAUCGCCUCCAAAAAUCCGAAGGAACUUACUGCGCUUCUUGAGCAGAUCUCUGGGUCUGAAGAUCUUAAGAAAGACUAUGAGGACUUGGAAGAACAAAAAGCCAGGGCUGAAGAACAAUCAGCACUUGUUUAUCAGAAGAAGAAAACGGUGGUCAUGGAGAGGAAGCAGAAGAAAGAACAGAAAGAAGAAGCGGAAAAGCAUCUUCGCUUGCAAGAACAACUGAAAUCUUUAAAAAAGGAGCACUUCUUGUGGCAAUUAUCGAAUAUUGAUAAAGACUCGAAGAAGAUACAUGAUGAAGUUGAAGCAGAAAAAGGAAACCUUGAAGAUCUUAAAAAGGAGCAAGAUAUAUGUGAACUCGAAGUGAGUGACAAGAAAAAAGAAAAUGCUGGAUAUUUAAAAGAGAUUGCUUUGUGUGAGAAGAAGGUUGCUGAUAAAAAGAGUAAACUUGAUAAGAAGCAACCUGAGCUUCUGAAGUGGAAAGAGGAAAUCUCUCGCAUUAAUUCAAAAAUCAAAAGUAGUAAGAAAGACCUCGACAGAAAGAAAGAUGAACAGAAGAAGCAUGUAGAAUUAAUUGAACAGCUGAAGAAUGACUUACAGGAUGUGUCCGCAAAGCUAAACGAUCUACAUGAAAAAGGCCAAGAUGGGGUUGGAAAACUUCAACUAGCUGAUGAUCAAUUAAAGGAAUAUAACCGGAUUAAGGAGGAUGCUGGGAUGAAAACUGCAAAGCUGAGAGAUGAGAAGGAGGUCCAGGAUAGGCAGCAGCAUGCUGAUAUUGAAGCUCAAAAGAAUUUGGAGGAAAAUCUUCAACAGUUGAGAAACCGGGAGCAGGAGCUCGGUUCACAGGAGGAACAAAUGCAUAUAAGGCUUAGAAAGAUUGUUGAUGCAUUAGGAAAACAUGAGGAGGAACUCGUGCAUGUAAGGAAAGAACUGCGAGCAAUGCAAGAUAAUCAUCGGGAAUCUAGGAAUAAACAAGAAUCGUUGAAGUUGAAGAUUCGUGAAAUAGACGAUCAGCUACGUGAAUUGAAGGCUGAUAGGCAUGAAAAUGAACGAGAUGCAAGGUUUUCUCAAGCUGUUGAGACCCUUAAGCGUCUCUUUCCAGGAGUCCAUGGUCGUAUGACUGAUCUUUGUAGGCCAACACAAAAGAAGUACAAUCUUGCUGUUACUGUUGCAAUGGGUAAAUUUAUGGAUGCAGUAGUAGUUGAGGAUGAGCAUACCGGAAAAGAAUGCAUAAAGUAUUUGAAAGAACAAAGGCUUCCUCCUCAGACAUUUAUACCUCUGCAGUCGGUCCGUGUAAAGCCGAUCAUUGAGAGGUUGCGCACAUUAGGUGGAUCUGCAAAGCUGAUCUUUGAUGUGAUUCAAUUUGAUCCAGCCUUAGAAAAAGCUAUUCUAUAUGCUGUUGGGAAUACACUAGUUUGUGAUGACCUUGAAGAAGCUAAGGUUCUUAGCUGGAGCGGGGAGAGGUUCAAGGUGGUAACUGUUGAUGGUAUUCUUCUCACAAAGUCUGGUACAAUGACUGGUGGAACCAGUGGUGGAAUGGAAGCUAGGUCAAAGCAGUGGGAUGAUAAAAAAAUUGAAGGUCUUAAAAAGAAUAAAGAACGUUAUGAAUCAGAGAUGGAUGAGCUUGGAUCAAUUAGAGAGAUGCAUAUGAAAGAGUCUGAUGCAUCUGGAAGAAUCACCGGACUUGAAAAGAAGAAUGAUUAUUCAAAGAUUGAGAAGAAAAAUAUUGAGGAUAAACUUUCAAAACUGAAGCAGGAAAAGUUGAAUAUUAAAGAAGAAAUUGGUCAUAUUGAACCUGACCUUCAAAAGUUAAAAAGCAUAACUGCAAAAAGAGCAACAGAAAUCAAGAAACUUGAGAAGAGGAUUAAUGAGAUUGUGGACCGAAUUUAUAAAGUCUUCAGCGAGUCUGUUGGGGUGAAAAAUAUUCGUGAAUAUGAAGAAAACCAACUCAAGGCUGCCCAACAGAUGGCUGAGGAAAAGCUAGCUCUAAGUAACCAGAUGUCAAAAUUGAAGUCCCAGUUGGAAUAUGAGGAAAAUCGGGACAUGGAAGCACCAAUCACAAAGCUUCAAUCUUCUCUCGGUGCUUUAGAAAAAGAACUAAGGCAUGUAGAGAAGAAAGAUGCUGACGCCAAGCUAGUGACAGAGAAAGCUAUAGAUCAGAUAAACCAAUGGAAAGAAGAAGCACAGGACUGGAGGUCCAAAUCAGACGACUGCGAAAAGGUCAUUAUGGAUCUGAAGAAAAGAGCUUCUAGCAUUGCAGUGAGCAUUGCAAAAUUGAAUCGUCUAAUAAAUUCAAAGGAGACACAAAUUGAACAGUUAAAAUUGCAGAAACAGGAGAUAUUGGAGAAGUGUGAAUUGGAUCAGAUAAAACUUCCGACUAUUGCUGACCCAAUGGAAACUGAAUCACAGGAUCUGGUUUUUGAUUAUAGUCAGCUUAGCAGAUCACAUCUGCAGGACAUGAGGCCUUCUGAACGCGAGAAGCUUGAGGUUGAAUUCAAACAAAAGAUGGAUACAUUAAUGUCAGAAAUUGAAAGAACAGCUCCCAAUUUGAAGGCACUGGAUCAAUAUGAGGCUCUGAAAGAGAAGGAAAGAUUAGUAACUGAAGAGUUUGAGGCAGCUAGGAAAGAAGAGAAAGAAAUCACUGAUAAGUACAACUUAGUGAAACAAAAGAGGUAUGAGCUGUUCAUGGAAUCUUUCAUCCACAUCUCGGACAAUAUUGAUAAGAUCUAUAAGCAACUUACGAAAAGCCACACACAUCCACUCGGUGGGACAGCUUAUUUGAACCUAGAAAACGAGGAUGAUCCUUUCUUACAUGGCAUUAAGUACACCGCCAUGCCUCCAACAAAGCGCUUCCGCGAUAUGGAACAGUUAUCUGGUGGGGAGAAGACCGUUGCAGCACUUGCAUUGCUGUUCUCUAUUCACAGUUACAAGCCUUCGCCAUUUUUCAUAUUGGAUGAAGUUGAUGCUGCUUUGGACAAUCUGAACGUUGCGAAGGUUGCUGGAUUCAUCAGAGCAAAAUCAUGUGGAGCAAGGGGUAAUCAAGAUGUUGAUGGAGGGAGUGGUUUCCAGAGCAUUGUGAUCUCACUGAAGGAUAGUUUCUAUGACAAGGCUGAAGCAUUGGUUGGAGUUUAUAGGGACGCAGAAAGAAGCUGUUCGAGAACACUGACAUUUGAUCUGACCAAAUACCGGGAGUCAUGAGAAGCUCAGGGAAGAUUGAGUUGACUAAGUUACUGUAUAUAUCUUCUGAUUUGUAUGUAGAAGCUACUCCAACUGUAAGAUCAUGCAAAUUGCUGCUAUCAAAUCGACUCAACCAAAUAAUUAAGUUUGCAGAUUGUGGUAAAUUGUAUCUGUGCUUUUAAAGCAUUGAUUGAUUUAAGCAAAUCAUGUUAAUGUCCUUCGUUUCUUGUAAUUGAAUCAACAAAUUUAUGGUGUACUG